UUAAACAUUUUCUGCGGCUCUCGGUGAAAACAGGAGGAGUACACGUGUGUUUCCGCACAUGUGUUGAUUUUAAUACUGUUUAAAUAUUUUUAUAUUGUAUUGAUCAACACACCGCUGAAGAUGCCAGCGUCUAAAAACAAGAAAACAGACGGCGGAGAUGGUGCUGCCAAGGCAGAAGCUCUUGAUAAUGAAGAGGAUUCUCCAAUUGUGAGCCGCACACGGAGUGGUCGCAGACUACAUACACCCGCGGCUAAAACUCCCGUCCGCCGGACCAGAAAGUCUGUUAUCCGAGAAGAUCCGGUAGAAAGCACCGAGUCUCGGCAGGAAUCACCCCCGGAUGAACGUCCAGCAGAUACUAAAGGUGAUCAGUGCAGUCAGGUGACAGAAACAGUGUGUCCAGAUGUAUCUAACGUUACAUCAACAUCAGCAGAUGUCAGUCAAGAGCCAGUGGCGGACACUGCAGGUUUAAUAGGAUCAGAUCAGACCAGUGAGAAGGAAAAUGUGUUAAGUAAUACAGAGACUGAAUCCACUGGUCCCACUGACCCCAAGAAUAAGGCCAAGAAAAAGGCCAAAAAAAGGACUCACUCAGAAUCCAGUGAGACAAAAAGUCAGAUGAUUCCUCUUGGGAAACCAAAGUCUGGAAGAGUAUGGAAAGACAGAAAUAAGCAAAGGUUCUCCGCUCUGUUGAGAGACAAACCUCUGCGUACGUCAUGGGAAAAGAAGAUGGAGGCCAAGAGAGAGAAGCAGCUGAUGAAGCAGUACCAGCAGCAGCUGAAAGAUGAGCAGAUCAGAGAGAAAGAGGAGAAAAAGAAGAGAAGAGCAGAACAUCUUAAAAGAAGAGCAGAAAAUGAGAGAAAAGCAGAGAUUGUGCAAGUGAUUAAGAAUACAGCAAAGAUCAAGAGAAUGAAGAAGAAAACCCUGAGGAAGAUUGAGAAAAGAGACACACUCUCGAUGGUGCAGAAAACACCACCCAGUGUCAAGAAAGGUUCAGGGAAAACAAACAGCGGCUUGUAGAGUUUCAGUACUCUGAUGUGUGAGAAUCUCAUCAGACCUUAACGUCCUGUUAUUGAUUUGAAUGUUCAGUGCUUGUUGAAUGAACUAGCAUGUGAACCUCAUUAUGGGAAAGACUAGAGAUGUGUAAUAACUGGACUCAAAGUAGGCUACUUUGUAUAUCAAUAAUUAUGAUAAAAUGACAAGUUUGAGUUGUGUAUCUGCUUUAAGUCUCUGUGUCUGAUGUAAUAUUUAUACAGCGAAUUGAAAUACAGAUCAAUAGGUUUAGUUUUAAUGGACAUCUUUUUCCAAUUACCUUUUAUAUGAAUAUGAGUUCAUCUGAUUGUCACAUGAAAAAACAUUUCAAAUAAAUAUCUUUAUUGAUCCAUAUUCAUUUGA